AUGGCUUUGCCCACCCCAACGGCCAUUCCGUCUCGCCAUCCCGAUUGCUGCCUCAGUUUCUCGUCUACCCUGCUCGACAUCCUCACUUCCACUCUGCGUGAAAGCAUCCACUCCGGCCUCGUCCUGUCCGUCGGCAGUGGCACCGGCCUGCUCGAAGCGCUCCUUCACUCCAAAUGGGCGUCAUCACCCAAUUCGCAGAACGAGCAACCCUGGAUUGAGGGGGUAGAAGUCCUUCAAUCCACAUCCUCCGCGUCCUCGUUCGCCACGAGAUAUCUCCCCGAGCAGUGCUGCGAGACGGUCAAGGGAACUUGGGAAGUCUCCUCCCGGGCCGAACACGCCGCCGCGAUUCUGUUCGUAUAUCCGCGCAGCCCAGAGCUAGUCCGACGCUACAUGCAGAAGUUUGCACAUCCCUCGAGCAGGUUACAGGCGGUGAUUUGGCUUGGGCCGAACUGCGACUGGCCAGAAAUCCAGCCAUGCUUGGCCCAUGGUGAAGGCUGGUUGCCCGUUCACGUCUUGCUCGGGGCGGAAGCGGGUUUGGUUGACUUUGAGAUGAUGGCCAUCAUUAGGAGGCCUCAGGAAAUGCCUUGA